ACUUACAAAGAACACUUAGAAGGCCAGAAACACAAAAAGAAAGAAGCAGCAUUAAAAGCUUCCCAGAACACCAGUAACAGCAGCACUUCCGCUCGUGGAACUCAGAAUCAGUUACGCUGUGAGCUUUGCGAUGUGUCUUGUACAGGAGCAGAUGCUUAUGCUGCCCAUAUCCGUGGAGCCAAGCAUCAGAAAGUAGUAAAGUUGCACACAAAACUUGGCAAACCCAUUCCUUCAACUGAACCAAAUGUGGUUACCCAAGCUACUUCCUCAACAUCCACAUCUGCUUCCAAACCAACUGCCUCGGCUUCAAAUAUAGCAACUAGCAGCAGUACCGUGAACUCCUCUGUUGCAUCCUCGGCAGUGAAAAUUCUUACUCCCACGGCAAACACACCGCUUAACGCUGCGUCCAACAACAAAACAUCUUCGACUGCUGCUAAUAUAGCUGUAAAGAAAAUAUCUACCCCGAAAAUAAACUUUGUUGGUGGCAAUAAGCUUCAGACAACAGGAAGUAAACUAGAAGAAAUGAAAUCGGCUGAAAGUGUUAAACCAACUCCUGCUGCUACAGUGCAAACACAGGAAGUAAAACCAGACACAGCAGCUGAACCAGUGACUCCCACAACGCUUGCUGCCUUGCAAAGUGAUGUCCAGCCAGUGGGCCAUGACUAUGUGGAGGAGGUAAGAAAUGAUGAAGGAAAGGUGAUCCGCUUUCACUGUAAACUUUGUGAAUGCAGUUUUAAUGAUCCUAAUGCCAAGGAGAUGCACUUAAAAGGGAGACGUCACAGGCUUCAAUAUAAGGUGCCUCUGUACAACAGGAAUAAGGCUCUGGAUGUGCCAGGCAAGCCAAUGGAUGAUGUAGGUCACAGUCCAUGUACACCAGAGGGGUUGCAGGGUCAGAAAGGCCCUCAGUACCACGGCCACCCCCACGAGGAAAUCUGCUGCCUCCCGGACGCCCGGGUUAAGGACAUCACCAGGGAACUUGCCAGCCUGGUACGGCCCUCAGACUGUGACCCACUACUGGUUUUCAAUGUGGGUGAUGAUGAAGCUGCAACGCAUAGUCCACGGACGAUCAAGAGACUUCAGGGCCCUGGGAUGGUUG